AUGUGUGCCACUGAUCCUAAACCCUGUAAAUAUGGUGACAGUGAAUGUUUAACUAAAACCAUAGAAUAUUUUCUAAAAGAAAAAAAUCAAGGUGAUAGUUCGAUAAAUUUGGUUAAAAUCGAUCCGUUGGAAGUGAAAAAGAUCUCUAUUAAACAAGGUGCUGAAAGUCCAGUCAAUAUUGAUUUAACCUUUACCAACAGUAACAUACAUGGUCUCUCCAAUACCAAAGUAGUGAAAGUCAAAGGAUUUGGCAAAGACAUUAAAGGAAACCAUGAAUUAACCCUUAGAUCAGAGCAAUUAGAUCUUGUGGGAGAUUAUAGUGUUAAGGGUAGAAUAUUGGUAUUACCCAUAACCGGAACUGGCAAAAGCAACAUAACUAUGCUCAAUGUUGAUAUUAUAAUGAAAUUUUCAACUACACCCAUGGAAAAAGAUGGCGCCACUUAUAUGAAAAUCGAUAAAUUUCAAUUGGAACCCGUGCCCAAAGGAAUGAUUUUCAAAAUCGAUAACUUAUUCAAUGGCGACAAGGUGUUGGGUGAUAAUAUGAAUAUUUUCUUAAAUGAAAAUUGGUCCGAAAUUUAUAGUGAAAUAAGCGGUUCGAUUGGUUCAGCAUUUGGUAAAAUAUUUCAUAGUGUUAUUGGUCAUGUUUUCACUAAAUAUCCAUAUGAACAAUAUUUUAAACGUCGUAACGGUUCAAUUGCUUUCUUCAACUUUGAAAUGUUUCUGAAAAUAGUUAUAACGAUUCUAGUGAUUUCAGUGUGUUCGAGUAUUAAAGCGGAUUUUCCUAAUGAUCCUAAACCUUGCAAAUAUGGCGAUACGGAAUGUAUUAAAAAAGUGAUUGAUUCAUUGUUUAAGAAUAAAUUAGAUGGCGAUGACUCAAUAAAUUUGAAAAAACUUAAUCCAUUAGGUGUUAAAAUCGUUAAUAUACAACAGGGUAAAGAAAGUCCUGUUAAUAUGAAUCUUAAUCUGAAAAACAAUCUUGUGUAUGGACUUGAAACUCAAAAGACAAUUAAAGUCAAGGGUUUUGGCAAAGAUUUAACUGGUAAACAUAGCGUUAAACUACACUACAAUUAUAUAAGCGUAGUUGGUGAUUAUGAUAUUGAUGGUAAAAUUUUGAUAUUACCCAUUACGGGUUCGGGUAAAUCGAAUAUAACUAUGGUUGAUGUUAACAUUUAUAUGAAUUUUGUGGGAACUCCGCUGGUGAAAGAUGGUGCCACCUAUUUGCAUAUUGAGGAUAUUAAUCCGGAUGUUGAUCCUAAUGGCAUGAUCUAUAAAGUGGAAAAUCUAUUUAAUGGCGAUAAAGCUUUAGGUGAUAAUAUGAAUUUGUUUUUAAACGAAAAUUGGAAAGAGAUUUAUGCCGAAGUACGUGUUUCGAUAAGUAAUGCAUUUGGUGAUAUCUUUAAGGAUGUUGUUAAUAAUGUUUUCAGUAAAUAUCCUUAUGAAAAAUAUUUUAUCGAAUAAAUUAAUUAUAAAUAUUA